AAAUAUAAUGGAAAGUAUAAGGUCAAGGAAGAUAUAUAUAAGAACGAAGACUAAGUGAAAACGGCAGAUGGCAGUAAAGCAGCUUAUGGAUGCUAGCUGCCAAACUCCAAAGAAGAGGAAGAAAAACUGAGUCUACUCAUAAUAAUAUACUCAUCUGAAGAGAAUUGAAACAUCUGGCGGAGAGCUGUCCAUUGUCUGUCACACAGAAAGGAGCGCGCAGCAUCGUUGCUGUCUGACACGCGCGACUCAUUUGCGCGUCACAUCCAAUUUCAGUUACAAAUCUUCGCGGUGACGUGCAACGACGUUUUUCGCAGAUAUUUUAGAAAAAUAAAGCUUUAAGAGACCCAACUGUCUUCAGCUGUUGUGAAGAUCAAAUGGAUAUAAAAGAAGAAGACUGUGCACCCAAUCAUGAGUCUGGGAUGCAUUUCACUGAACAACCGAGCCUAAAGAUUCACACUGGAGAGUCUGGAGAGCCUUUCACCUGCAAACAGCGUGGAGAGAUUUUAACAACAAACCAAAGCCUUGAAAGUCACACAGUGAUUCACACUGGGGAUCAAAAUUUUAAUUGUGUAGUGUGUGGAAAGAGUUUCACACAAAGGCGGUAUCUUAAAAAUCACAUGAAGAUUCAUACUGGAGAUCACCCCUUCACUUGUCCGGAGUGUGAUAAGUGUUUCACAGUGAAACAAAGCCUUGAAACUCAUUUGAAAAUUCACACCGGAGAAAAGCCAUUUAUCUGCCCUGACUGUGGAAAAAAAUUCAGAAUAAAGCAUAGCCUGGAGGGCCACAUGAGGAUUCACACCGGGGAGAAACCUUACACAUGCCAAGAAUGUGGGAAGCGUUUCACAGAGAAACAAACCCUCGACAAGCACUUGACGAUUCACACUGGAGAAAAGCCUUACUCCUGCCCUGAGUGUGGAAAGAGUUUCAGGGUAAAAUUUUGCCUUGAAAACCACAUCAAAAUUCACACCGGAGAGAAACCUUACACAUGCCAAGAGUGUGGAAAGAGUUUCACAGAGAAACAAAACCUAGAAAGGCACAUGAGAAUUCACACUGGAGAAAAGCCUUUCGCCUGCCCCGAGUGUGGAAGAAGUUUCAGAGUGAAACAAGAUCUUAAAAGUCACGUGAGAAUUCACACUGGAGAAAAGCCUUUCUCCUGCCAACAGUGUGGAAAAAGUUUCUCAGAGAACAAGACACUUGAAAGUCACAUGAGAAUUCACACCGGAGAAAAGCCUUUCGUCUGCUCUCAUUGCGGAAGGAGAUUUAGAGGGAAACAAAACCUUGAAAGCCACAUGAGACUUCACACCGGAGAAAAGCGUUACACCUGCCCUCAGUGUGGAAAGAGUUAUAAUGAACAAAAAAGCCUUCAGAUUCACAUUAGGACUCACACCGGAGAGAAACCUUUUGCUUGCGAUGAGUGUGGAAAGAGUUUCAGGCAACAAAGUACACUUAGGGGUCACAUUAAGAUUCACACCGGAGAAAAACCUUUCACUUGCCCUCAGUGUGGAAAGAGUUUUAUAGAGAAAACAAAACUGGAGAGGCACAAGAAAAUCCACUCUGGAGAAAAGCCGUUCGAUUGCCAUCACUGUAAAAAGAGUUUCACGAUGAAGCAAAGCCUGGACAUUCACAUGAGAAUUCACACCGGAGAAAAGCUUUACACCUGCCAACAGUGUGGAAAGAGUUUUACAGUGAAACACAAACUUGAAAGGCACAUGACAGUUCAUACCGGAGAGAAGCCGUACACAUGCCAACAGAGUUUCAGAGAGAAACCGGGGCUCGUAUCCCACAUUAAAGUUCACACUGAAGAGAAGCCUGAACCUGAAGUGGAAGUAGUUUUAGAAUGAAAUAAGGCCUCGAAGAAGUUACAUAAGAACACACUAGGUGCAUGAAACUUCACAUUACCUGUGCUCAAUGGAGGAUAUUUAUAUAAUUUGCAUGCUGUUUAAAAAAAAAUGCUGUUAAAUUCGGAGUUGCAAGCCCAAACUCUACUUUUUUCCCGGAUGUUAGUGUAUGCGCACAGUUGAACACAGCUCUGUUCAUAUUCUUCAUUCAACGACACUUCGUAGUUUCAUAAAAAUGUAUUUGAACUCGUUCCAAGUUGCAAUAUAGUUUUUACCCACUUACAUAAGUGUUAAACUAAGUUUACGCAACAAGGAUCGUUACGUAUUGAGUGUAAUAUUUGUAACAAAGCUAGCGUUUUGGAAGUGCUCUUGCAAAGCAACACAAACAGCACGCAGAAGUAUAUAUGCAUGACUAUGCGCAAGGCAGGUGCCAUUGGUCAUGCCGAUCACUCGACGCAGAAGUAUAAAUCAAGAGUACAAAUUUAUUGGGACCCAUACAGUCCCAUACGGAAAAAUUAUGUACGCAAUAUAUAUAUAUAUAUAUAUAUAUAUAUAUAUAUAUAUAUAUAUAUAUAUAUAGCUAUAACUGUAGCUAAUGUAUUUUAAGCCUACAGUCAAGUACAUGAAUAUUAAGACAUUGACACAACUAUAACAUUUUUAGCUCUGUACGCCAACAAAAUAGAUUAAAAUAAAAUAGAUUUAAAGUAAAACAAAGAUGUGCUUUAACUGCAGACUGUCAGCUUUAAUUCGAGGGAAUUUACGUCCAAAUCAGGUGAACGCUGUAGAAAAUACAACAGUUUGCAUAGGUGCCUCCCAUUUGUCAAGGGACCAAAAGUAAUGGGACAGAAUAAUAAUCAUGAAUC